CAGCGUGCGCCCAGACUGUCCUGUGCCAGCAGUGUUCCGGGUCCGGUGACUCGCGUGACUGCCUCGCAGGGUGCGCGGACGAAAGAUCUGUCCUGUCCGCAUUGGGGAAGAAGUUCCCACGGCUGUGGCGCCCAUGGCGGGCGAGGGACUCGAGCCACAGGGCGUGACGGCCACCGCGGCGCUGGAGACCCGAGAGCACCUCUUUAAGGUGCUGGUCAUCGGCGAGCUCGGCGUGGGCAAAACGAGCAUCAUCAAGCGCUAUGUGCACCAGCUCUUCUCCCAGCACUACCGCGCCACCAUUGGCGUGGACUUCGCCCUCAAAGUUCUCAACUGGGACAGCAGGACGCUCGUGCGCCUGCAGCUGUGGGACAUCGCGGGACAGGAGCGGUUUGGCAACAUGACCCGAGUAUACUACAAGGAAGCUCUUGGAGCCUUUGUAGUCUUUGAUAUAUCGAGAAGUUCCACGUUUGAUGCAGUCCUAAAAUGGAAAAACGAUCUGGAUAGUAAAGUUCAUCUUCCCAAUGGCAGUCCCAUUCCUGCUGUCCUCCUAGCUAACAAAUGUGACCAGAAGAAGGACGGCAGCCAGAGUCCUUCCCAGAUAGACCAGUUCUGUAAAGACCAUGGCUUCACUGGAUGGUUUGAAACCUCUGCCAAGGAUAAUGUAAACAUCGAUGAGGCCACUCGCUUCCUAGUGGAAAAGAUGCUCGCAAACCAGCAAAGCUUUCCUAGCGAAGACCUCGACACGGACAAAAUUAAACUGGUCGAGGGACCUGUUACAACAAAGCCCAGGUCCCAGUGCUGCUGAUGUGUCUCUGCGCCCUGACUGCUGUCUCCUUGGUCUUGUGUGUGUCUGAGGAUGCCCUCUGCCAACCCUCAGUGUCAUUGUCCCCUUGAAUCUCCCUCAGCGGUUCUUUAUUCAGCUCUACAGGAAGCGCCCAUCUGAAGCUGGAGAUCCUGUGGAGAACUGUUCGCUAGAGGCCCUGUGACUCACCAGUGGAUCCUUCAGGCUCUUUUUUGUACUGCUAAAUGCAGACUAAUGUUUACAGCCUUUGAAAUAUUUUUGUACAUGAAUUUCAAGGGUUACCUUUUAGAGUAGGAAAACGUCCCUCCUUGCGGUGAUCCUGCCAGUUUGAGUGUCUUCGUUCCUAUAUACAUCCUCACCUAAGCACAACUUUUUUUUUCUUUUUUAAGGUUUUAUCUACAAAGUCUUGAAGGUCCCAUGCAGUUAUAUCCUAGUCAAAACUUUGUACGUCAUGUAAGAUUUUCAUCCUUAAAUAACCUGAUUCUAGAAUGCAUAGCUGUUGUGUAACAAAGUCACUCUGAAUCACAUAAGAACUCCUUUUUCUAUUAGUCAAAAAGUCCUUAGCCGGCCGGAGAUGUGUCUCACUUACAGAGUGCCUACCUAAAAUGUGAUAGACUCUACCGAUCUGAAACUCCUACCGAUCAGAAACCAAAAAGAGUUAGCAGCAUUCCUGUUUCAUGGGUGCCUCCCUCGGUAUCCUCUAGGUGUGCUUGCGGCUACCACCUGGAAACGAUAUAAAUGAACCUGCUGCUUCUCUGCCUUCUCUUCUGUGUUUAUAGCCUAGAGCCAUAGGAAAGACAACAGUGGAACUUGUCUUUCCAGAUCCGUCACGGUAAUAAUAGUCAGGAGGGGAGCUCUUUUCCAAAGCGUAUGCAAUUAUAUCCAAGUUUCUGUAGUAUAAACCUGAAGGGAAGUAGACCUUGUAUACUUUUGUCUAUGAUUUUGGAUACUGGUUGUAUCAUGGCUUGGCCACUUAGGAAGAUCCACUGUAUUGCAUUGCCUUUAACUCAGUGAGAAAAAGAAAGAAAUAUUUUAACCCAAGCCCGUGUAUUGAAUGAAUGUAGUUCUAGGAAGGUUUAGGAAGUGUGUUUGACUGGGGUGUUGCUUCACAUCUGUCAUCCGAGCACGCAGGAGGCAGAGGCAAAGGGUUCAUGGCCUAUCUUGGCUACAAAGCAAGCUCAAGGACAACCUGUGCUACACAAGAGGCUCUCUCCAAAAAUAAAAAAUAAAAAUAAAUGUGUUCUGUUGACUUUUAGAUUUA